AUGGAAACCCUUGCACCUCCACCCAAGCUGGCCCAUCUCUUUACUCUUCGCUGUGCGGUAGAUCCGCCCAUCGAGAUUGGAAGUGGUCCCUACGGUCGGCGGCGCUGUGUACCGAUUAAGUCUGGCUCGGUGUGUGGACCGCACUUCCACGGAGAGGUUGUGCCAGGGGGGGCUGAUUUUAUGCUGGUGGAGGAUAAUCAAACGACUCAUGUGAACACCAACUAUGUGAUCAAGAGCGAUGACGGCGCAUUCCUCUACAUUCGACCGCGAGUAUCUGGUACUGACAGCAUGAUGCUCAGAACUGAAGGGACCCGGGCUGGGCCUCCGGAGGUGCUGAAAGCGCUUAUGGACGGUGGGCCGGUCGACCCUAGCCAGUAUUGGUUCCACCUCCACGUUAAGAUCGAGACGGGCCAUGAGAAGUACAAGUGGAUGAACGACAGAGUCAUCAUCGGGCGGGCUGCAAGAGCCCAAGGCGAAGUUGCAUAUGACGCAUACUUCCUGGAGAAUAGCCCUUGA